AUCAUAGCAUAAUAUAUUUUUAUUAUAUAAUAUUACAAUUAUUUAUUACUAAUUAUAUAUUUUUCUACCAUCUAUUUACCUACGGUAUAAGCAAUUCAACGUCAUACAACGCGAAAAUAGUCGGUUCUUGGGAUAUAUUAACCUUUUUGUGAUCGUUCGUGUUAUGACAACAAACGACAAACAUAGCAGUUCUAUGAAAUUGUGGAACUAUAGAUCAUUAGAAAACACUAAUAUUUUGGGUUCCUACUGGAUUUAAAUUUAUCGUAAUUUUUUACAAUAUUUCAGUUUACAAAUUAAUCAUAAGCAUUAAUUAUGUCUUAUUAAUUCAUAUUUAGUAACCAAUAAUUGUAUAUUAAUGCGAUGGAGUUACUUAGUUGUAUAUAUUAUGUUAUAGUUGGAUAUAAUAAACAUUGAUUAUUCGUGUUAAUAAUCAAUUUUAUAUUAUUGUGCAUUUGUAAAGAUUAUACAACAAAUACUCAGACAUGGAUAAUCAACUAGAUAUUAUGUUGGAGAAUACUAAUUCAGAAUUUAUUACCUUAUCGUAUGCUGAUCACUCAUUGGUCUCUCAUCCCGAACAAUUAUCUGUUGAGUGUACAGAUAUGAUUUUAGACCCAGUUAAUUGUCAAAAUAUUAGUGCCAUGACUCCAUUAAACGAUUUGUUAUUAGGACAAACAUUCUUAAUAGAGACUAAUGAACAACCAUUAUUUGUAAAUGGCACAGAGUUAAUUACUUUCCAACAUAUUGACUCUAACGGACAAAUAAAUGAUAUCCAGACUAUUUCAAAUAACACCGAAUCUGAUAAAUUGACAAUUGAAAAUAUUAAUUUUACUAUGGAUUCUGAUGAUCAUUUCCAAGAAAUUUAUUCAGAUUUUAAUAAAACCAAUUUGGAUAUGAUGAAAACUACUGAUGACAGUAGCAACUUGAAAGAACAUUUGCAAGUUUCGAUCAACACUGAUAUAACUAGUGGGAACUACAGUUAUUCAACUGCUAUUAAAAUUUUAGAUGAUGUUGCUAAAAGUCCUGUUGAUACUAAUGGUCAUUUUGUUUGUGAUCUGUGUUUACACGAAUUUAACAACUGGAAAAAUUAUAAGAAACAUAAAUUAGAACAUUUAAAUGAUAAGCCAUUUAAAUGUUUAAAAUGUUUAAAAUCAUUUAACUAUAAUAAUAACUAUUUACUUCACAUUGCUUCUCAUUCAACAAGCAAUUUAAAAUGCCCAAAAUGUAAAAAAGAAUUUAAACGCAUAGCUAGCUUUAAGGCUCAUUUAAAAAUUCAUAAAACUGAAGAAUUGAUUACAUGCAGUAUUUGUGAUAAAAUAUUUGAUAAUCAGUAUCGAUUGGACAUUCACAAAGAAAAUUGUAUGCAAGAAUAUAUAAUUAAUCCCCACGAAGAAACAUCUGUUGCUUGUAUUAAAACAUGUACAGUUUGUAAUAAGUUUUUUUCAACUUUACCAGAGUAUAAAAUUCACAUCAAGGAACAUAGAAAAUUUGAUUCGGUGUUAAAAAAGUAUCAUAAGGUUACUUCAAAAUUAAAAAGGUUACAUAAAACUAGUAAUAAAUUCAAAAGAUUUAAAUGUGAUCAUUGUGAUUGGUCAUUUAAUAAGUCAAAUCUUUUACGCCGUCAUAUGAGAACACAUACUGGAGAAAAGCCAUUUGAAUGCUCAUUUUGUUCAAGAUACUUCACUCAACAAAAUUCAUUAAAUAGACACUUAUUGAAACAUAAAGGAAUACGGCCGUUCAGAUGUGAAUUCUGUGAAAUGAGUUUUUGUCAAAAAGGUCAUUUAAUUAAUCAUAUGAAAACAUGCCAUUCUGUUACGAAAGAAGAAACAAGAGUUCAUAAAUGUGUUUUGUGUUCUUGUGUUUACAAUAGUACCAAUGCUCUUAAUAAACAUAUGAGUGUUUACCAUGGAUUGAAAACUAAAGACUUAGAUAAAAUUGUUGAAAAUCAUGUAUCAAAGAGCUUAGAAACAGCUAAUGACGAAACUAUACAUUUAAUUAAAGAUCCCUCAAAGUUAGAACAAUGGCUUAAAGAAGUAGCUCAUGAAUUACAAAGUGGUGAUAAUAAUACAGAAUUAAAGAAUUGCAAUGAUCCAAUUACUACUCAAUGUGAAUUUGGAUUAAAUAUAAUUGAAAGUGAACAUUUAGAUCAAAUUUUGAGCCCAAUUUCCAAUAUAAAAACUAGUGAUCACAUUGAAAUUGAAAACUUGACAUAUUCUAUUGCAGAUGGUGAAAAUUAUAUUGUUAUGAAGGAUAAUCAAGACCAAUCAAUAAUUGAAAAUGCUAUUGUCCAAAGCCAAGAAGUGGAACUAGUAACAACUGCUACUGAAAAUGGAUCAAUAUCCUUAAAUGUUAUAAAUGAAACCACUAAGAAAAGUAUAGAACCUACUAUGACUGUUAUUGAAAAUGAACCAGUAUCAUUAAAUGUAGUAAAAGAAACCAUAAUAGAGGAGAUGGGACCUGAAAUAAGUGCUACUGAAAAUGAAUCAGUAUCAACGAAUGUUUUAAAAAAACCCACUAAAAAGCGUCCUUCAAGAAAAAAAAAAUGCGGUGAUAAAAUGUCUAAAAUGGAUGCACAAAAGAUUUUACCAAAAAAAAAAAAAGGGCGUACGUUUAACUUGAAAAAGAGGAAUAGUAUCAGUAAUGAAGUUAAGAAAAAUACAAAUCACACUAGUAGUAAAUCUGAGCCAAAAAUUGUAUACAUACCAAAUAUAACUACUAAUUCAGAAAAAAAAACCAUUGAUGUUACACAAAAACCAUCACCAAAAGUGUGUCAGUUCUGUGAAAAAAUAUUUAAAAAGAAUGCUGAUCUCGAAAGACAUGUAAGAAUACACACUGGUGAUAAACCUUAUAAAUGUGACCAACCAGAAUGUAAUAAAGCAUUUGCCACUAAGAGUUCACUUGAGUAUCAUAUAAUCACUCAUUCAGGUAAGAUGAAAAGAGCUGAGUGCCCUCAGUGUAAUGGAUUAUUUGCUACCACCUCAACUUUGAAAGUUCACAUGCGGCAGCAUACAGGAGAAAAACCAUUUAAGUGUCCUGUAUGCGGAGAUGCAUUUCGAACAACUGGGCAUUUACAUGCACAUAUAAUAGUUCAUGAACGAAAAAAAAAAACGCAAAUAAAAAUAUAUAAUUUCCAUCAGAUUAAAAUUUUAUUUGUGAUACAUUUUAAAGUAAUUAUAUCAACAAAAAUAUUACUGAUGAUCUUGAAAGUAAAUGCAGGGUAAUGCAGCCUUCUAAUAUCAAAAUUAAUUCCCUUGAAUAGAUUUUGUUAAUAAUUUGUUUGUUUAUUAACCAUGAGUAAAUUAUUAUAGCCCCCUUCUGAUAUCCAUAAAUUAGAAAUUACUAAAAAAUAUUCAGCCAGCCCUAGAGUUGACUUGGUUAGAAAAAACACUAAACAUAUUUAUCAUUAUCAAUAUAUUAUUAAUUAAAAAUGUUAACUACUUUUGAUAUUUUUCUAUUAAACGAUCUAUCUAUAUGCAUGUAAUAGAAAUAAAUAAUGAAAUAAUAAUUUGAAAUUUGAAGACCAUUUUUUGUUGUAAGAAUUUGCACAAACAUGUAUUUAGUUUAUAUAAAUGUAUAUUGCUCACAUUAAUGUAUUAUACAGCCAUCUAUUGAUAAUUUUAUGAUCAUAUUCUAUCGUACAUAAAUUUUUAUAUACUAAAAGAUUAUAUAUUAUGUUCCUAUUAACUUAACUCAAUCAUGAAUUGAGAUAAAUACCUAUGUAUAAUGUAUAUGAUAAUCCUAAUAUAUUAAUUUAAGACCUUACUAAUCACUAGAGCUAGGAUUUUAAUGACCUAAAAUAUACGUUUAAAUGCAAUGAAAAAAUGCAAAAAUGAUCUAAAAACUCUAAAAAUUGUACUUAGAC